UGCAUUGAUCUGUAGCUAGAUGGUUUUAAAGAAGUAGGGAUGGAGAAUUUCAAAAUAUAUGCGAUGAACUUCGUUCAGACGUUACAGGCGUGUGACAGACAACAACAACAAAUUUUCUUUGAGAUUAUGGAGAGUUUGAACACUUUUAUUGAGGAAAUACUUUUAGCGAGGCACUUAUCAGUGGGAGCUACGGACACAGUAAAUGUUCAAGAACUUCUUUACCGUGAUUUUCUUGAAUUAUUUCGUCACCUAAAGAUGGGCCCGGAAGAACACGAAAGAAAAUACUUCGAUAAAUUAAAGACUAUGAAAGAAAAUCGCCUUGGGGGUAUUCACAAAAAGAUGGCCAUGUUUCGGUCCAAUACUCAGAUUACCCCAGAACAAAUCAUAAAUGUUAAAAUGACAGAAAAAGAAAAAGAAGAUAAAACCGAGUUUCUUGCCAUGGCUACCAAUAUACUUCAAGGUGUCAUUUCGGCUAGACCUGGAGAUCAAACUCUAAUGGACAUCCUUAAAAAGCUCGGAACCCAUCGGAUGACAUUUGAUUAUCGAAAUGAAAUUUUCGAAGUUGAUGAAAUCAACAAAAGGAGUUUAGGAAAGAUGAUUAUAAGAUAUGUCGGUCAUGAAGGUUCUGAGGGAAAACCAGGACUUCGAAGAUUGCUUCAGGCCUGUAUCGACUUCUUACAGAGAGAGGGAGACGGUGUGUGGAAAAAUGCCUCCUUCACAAUCUAUGACGAGGACGACAACAUGUACAAGAUAGCAAGUGGAACUAGAAAAUAUCAGUUUAUCUGUCGAAUGAAAAAUGGGGAACCGUUUAUAAAAGAGAAGAUGGGAGGACAUUCACACAAAAAACCGAAGACACAGCAUCAACAAAAUCCUGCUCAACCCGGCACACAAGAAAAAAGUUGUCAAAUCAUGUGAAGAACUACUCCAAAUCAAGUUGAUUUUGAUAAUUAAAGUUUCAAUACUGAGUUUAUCUCACAGUGUUAUGAGAUGGAAAAUGACUUCUGUAAUUUAAUGGUCUUUACAUGUAUAGCUAUAAACAAAGAGAUAUUGUAUUAUUACUUAUGUGCUAAUAAAGGACUUGCUGAGAACUUA